CAGCAAAUCUGAUUUUGUCAACACUCACAAAAGUCUCUUCAUGAUUCAUCAUGCGUGCAUACAUAUGGAGCUUCUCCAAUUUUUGACCUCCUUCCGGAUAGGCUUUCAGAUAGGUACAUUGAACUUCUUUCUGAUUCCAAAUGCAGCACCAGUUUCAAUGGAGCUCUGAUGAAAAGAUGGGUAAAGUGCAGGGAAAGUCCUGAAGGGCAUCAUCUCAGCCCAAAUGUUGUCAUUGGAGGGAUCCUGAUGAAACCAAUGGAGAAACAACGGUGAGAGGACUUUUCAUUGAGGAAAGAAGCGCAUUUGAAAGUCUGCUUGAGCUAGAAUAUGGAACCCUAAAAUGGCUGAAACCCUAGAACGUGUCCAUGAGCUCCACGCUAUGUUGCUUGAACAAGUCAAGUGAAGUUGAAGAAAGGAGGCGGUAGGCUGGUUGGCUCUGGGUAAACUGCUUAUUAGUUGGACAGUAGCCAUGAGCAAGAAGGCGGCGCGCAUGGCGGAGGCUCUGGGAGACUGGCCGGUGGGGAGCAUGGCUGAGGAUGGCAUCAAUGAGAUGGCAGUGGCAGUCCUUGUGGAGCAGCGCAUCGCCGAUGAGCUGGCACGCCUGAGCGUUGACGAGUCUCUGAGCGAUGUGGACCGCGCCAAGAUGUUCCUGCAGCCGGGGGCGCACCCGCUGCAGCAGUCGUGCGCAAUCACGAAGCUGCCACAGCUGUUUAGAGAACACGGCAAGGCGGCCGUACUGGCGGUGACCCCCGCGCUGGCCACCUUUUUGGAUCAGGCGCAGCCGGCAGCGCAGAUUGCUUGCGCUGAGGCCCUUCAGCGGGCCAUCUCCGAGGGGCCCGUUGCCAGCGAGUCGGUAUCCCUGCUUCUGCCACUGAUGCUGAAGAUACUGGGCCAGCCGCGCCCUGACACCGUCACCGAGGCCUGGCUCUCCGUGCUGUGCGCGGCGCUGCCGAAAUUACCGCCAAAGAUUGUGCGCGAGGAGUUGCUGGCGUUCGCCCUGGCGAAAGGGCGCGUGGAGGAGCCCCCCCUGGCGCGCGCGUUGUGCGCCACGCUGCUGGGCAGCAUCGCGGCGGUCGGUGUGCUGGACACGCGGGACCUGCAGGCGGCGCUGCUCAAGAAAACUACCGCGCUCUGCCAGGACACGGACGCCUCUGUGCGGUGCGCGAUGUGUUGCCAGCUGGGCGCGGUGGCGCGCGGGGUUCGCCCCGAGGAGUGCGCGGGCGGCGUCGUCCCCGAGCUGCUGGAGCUGCUGGAGGACGAGCAGGCGACGGUGCGCGCCGCGGCCGCGGAGACGCUGACGGGCAUGCUGGACGGGCUGCCCAAGGACGUGCGCAAACAGAAAGGCGUGCCGCUCUUCAAGGGGCUCUGCGCGCUGACGGACCCGCCCCUUCUCCCCGCGUUCGCACGGCUCUUUGGGGAGAUGCUCUGGAAGCUGAGUGGCGAGGUGGGCGAGGAGGAGCUGCAGGCUGCCGCAGACGCGUACAAGACCAUGGCCAGGAAGCCCAGCGACGACACCCGACAGGUGUGUGCGUGGAACCUGCCGGGCGUGGCCAAGGUGAUGUCAGCACGGCGGUACGCCCUGCACGUGCACCCCACGCUGAUGCACCUGGCACAGGACCCCUGCGCGCGUGUGCGGAAAACCAUCGCCGCCGGCCUGCACGAAGUGAUGGCCGUCCUCGGCCCCGAGCGCAGCGCCCAGUACUUGCGCGAGCCGUACCUUCUUCUCCUGCGCGACUCGAGUCCCGACGUCCUAAGCGCGCUUCUGCCCAACCUGGGCGUGGCCAUGGCGCACUUUGCGAUCGCGAACGUGACGCAGCGCACCGCGAUCUACGGCGCGUUCGUGCCCGCGCUGCAGCAGGCCAUGCACACCGCGGGGCACGCGUGGCGCGCGCACAAAGCGUUCAUGGACGCCGCCGCCAGCUUCCAUCUCUACUUCAGCAGCGCCCAGAUCUGGGAGCAGUUCAUCCCGCUCUGCUUCCAACUCCUUGAAGUUGGCGCCGCGCCCGUGCGCGCGUCGGCCGCGGCCGCGCUCGCGUCCCUGAUGCGCCACAACAAACGCGCCGUCCAGAGCGCGGACAUCGCGCAGCGCCUUGUGCGCGAGUUUGCCGAGGGCGGGAGCGCGUCCCAGCGCAUUCUGUUCCUCGACUUUUGCGCGGCCUGCCGAAAGGUGGCCAGCACGCGCCUUUUUAGGGACUAUUUUCUGCACGCCGCGGUAGAUCUGCUGCAGGAUCCUGUAGUAUGCGUGCGCGCGCGCGCGUGCGCGUUCCUCCCCGCGCUCAAGUCCGCCAUCCGGCUGCCCGAUGACGUGGCCGUCCUGGAGCGGCUCAACAUGGCGACCAGCCAGCGCAUGAACGACGCCGACGCGGCCGUGAGCGCGGCCGCGCGCGCGGUUGCCGACGAGUUGAAAAAGGUGACCGUGCGGUGCAUCGGAGCCAUGCCCACCACGGGGAGCGUGCCGGCGCAGCUCGAGGCCGACGCCGUCGACCUGAAGCGCGAGGAGGAGGAGUCGGGGCCGCGCUCUCGGAAAGGNGAGCAGGGACCGUAG